CGGUAUGGAUCUUUGGUCCUAAUCGUCACUAACCGUAUCGUAUGUAAAGAAGUCGACUUCUUCCUGAAGCAAAAGAAAGAUGGCGGCUACCGUGAAGAAGACAGUUGCAGUUGAAGAUGUCAAUGUCACAUUUGAAGACCAGAAGAAGAUUAAUACAUUUGCCAGAAACACAAAUCGAAUGACAGAAUUUAAAGAUGAAAUUGAAGGAAAAAAGAAAUCUCUACAGAAUCUGCAGGAUGCCAGUGAUGACCUGAUGAUGGCUGAGGAUGACACUCUGCUCGUCCCGUAUCAGAUUGGAGAUGUCUUCAUCAGUCACACCCAGGAAGAGACCCAAGAGAUGUUGGAAGCUGCAAAGGAACUACUGCAGCAGGAGAUUAAAGACCUAGAAGGGAAGGUGUCAAAGAUACAACAUUUGUUGGGUGAUCUGAAGGUCCAGCUCUAUGCCAAGUUUGGGAACAACAUCAACCUGGAAGCAGAUGAAAGCUGAGUGCUUAGCUCGGUCCUAGAUCUGUUUGUGCUGUUUAGUAUGACAAUUAAUCAAUGAUUAUAGUUGUUAAGAUGCCAUAAACAGAUCUGGGAUCAGGAUAAGUGGGCAACUAUCUCUUUACAUAUGGAGUUUUCAAGCAGCUCGCAUAUUUUCCGAUCCACACAGUGCUGACAGGAUGCUUGCCAAACCAACAUGUUUGUCCUCUUCUCAGCAGCAUCACUUUUUUUCAGUGGUGCAUGGUCUUAUUUAUGGUUUUAUUUUGUUCAGUCUUAUUUUGUAUGAAUGUCGGUGAAUGUACCACUUGAUUUUUGUUUUUGUGUGUACUUUCACUGGGUCUCAGUAAUAUAUGGACCUAUGGACUGACACCGAAGAUGUCUUUAUACACCAGAUGACCAUAAAGAAAACAACCUAAGGAUUUACCUUUGUAGUGCUUGGAGAUGGAGAAAAUGUGGAGUUUAAUGUGGUUAAAGAAAAUAAGUGAGCAGAGGCAGCCAAUGUCACUGGUGCAGGGAGUGUCACAGUUCAAGGGAGCAAGUACGCCGCUGACAGGAACCGCUACAUGUCCUUUUACCAUAAUGAGAAAAAUCAGUCCACGGGCCUAUAUUACUGAAUCCCAGUGCAAGUACUAAACAAGUAAAGCCACUUAAACCAGUCUUUAUAAAGUAAAGAGGGUAACAUAUUCCUUGUGGAUUUUUUUUGUACGUUUACGAGUUGGUUAUGGAACAGAAAUGAAUGAAUACUAUUGUAUUCAGAUUCAACUUAUUUAAGACCAAAACAUGUAGGCUACUGUGUGUGUAUAUCCCAAAGUAUAUCUUAAUAAAGGUGCAAUCUGUAGUUACAUCUUUUUGUAAAAAAUACCUAGCAGGACUGAAAAAAUGAGUUUUUUUUGGUGCACUGAUCAUCUUAAAUAGAACCAAGUUUAUUUGUGUGUUUGUUUUUCGAUUGUUUAUGUAUUUAGCCAGUGUGGACAUCCUAUAAAGAAAGUUCUGACAAUUCUGCUGAACAAGGUGUGGGAAUUUAGUUUUAAAAAAUGUGAUUGAUUGUUAGAUUCAACAUUUAUUCAAAUAGAAAGGCAUCCUGCUGAUUGUAAGAGAAUAUACAUGAUUUUGGAUUGAUGAAAUCAAUGAGCAAUUAUAUAGUUAUUUUACUAAGUUUACUCUGCCACUUUUGGUAUAAAUCGAAUGUAUCACAUAGCUCUAAUAAUUAAGCAUGUGUGACGAACAGAUCAAUGUCUCCGUGUCUGACAAUGUUAAUAUUUAAAAGAACAGGUGUGGAGGUGUUGACUAACAGCGAAUAAACUAUAACAAUAAAGAAAUUUGCACACUCCACAUGUAUAAACUCCCAGCAAUUGAAUGGGUAUUUGCCAAUGUUUCGGCAUCAGGGUCACCCUGAGGAAGGGUCACCCUGAUGCCGAAAUGUUGGUAAAUACCCAUUAAAUUGCUGAGUGGUUGUACAUGACUUUAUUUUGAUAGUUUAAUGUUAAUAUUUAAACAUAACAAAGGAGCUACCAGCUAAAAUCAUGCACCUACACAUUAACUUAUUUUUUAACAGUAUCUCAGAAUCAACAAUGGGUUAGAUAAUCCUGCAGGAUGGAACCAAAGCACAUCACAACCAUGAAUAAUAUAAAGAUGAGCAACUACUAUUAUGAUCUGUAAUGCAGUGUUUUUUGAGCUAGAAAAAUCUGAGGAACACUGCAAUUUCUAAUGACUUGGGGAUACAUUAGCAUUUUAGAUUACUCAUGGCAGAAUACAAGUAAGGAAAUAA